AUGACUGAUGAGGAGAUAGCCGACUUGCCUGAAAUGGAAUAUGGGAAGCCCGGGGAUAGGAAGGUUGAGCCUGUUAAGCCGAAGAAAGUCAAAAUCACAAGGCCAGAUAAAACUGAAAUUGUUCUAGAAAAAAAGGCAUUUGAUAAAACUUUCGUGAAACCUGCUGAUGUUUUAAAGCAGACCGAGACUCUAAAUUUGGAGAAUAAUGCGAACAUUGACAAACAUUUUCAAGUAUUAGAUAAUACAGUGUCAUGUUUUUCUCAAAAUUCAUCUGAAGUGCAACCUCAAACAAAAGAGUCUGAAUUAAUAGAGCCUAGAGUUAAUGUAGACAACAUCGAGUUUGCCAUGUUAAGAGGUUUGACUGAGUUUGUGAAAGAAUUUAAUAAGAGCAAACAAGCUGAAUCUGCUUCGUCAUUUGACACAUCUUGUGACACUUCUAAGACAUCCACUUCUGAGAAGUCAGAAAUGGGCGAAUCAUCUAGUGUCAACAGUGCAUCACCUGAGGAAGCAGAGGCAUCUCAAACUAAAUCAUCAGCUUCAUCUGAUUCAACCAGUGACUCCUAUGAAAAGACUGACUGUGAUAAUUCAGAGUCAGUUGCUUCAGUGGAAUCAACAGAUGAAUCAUCUGAAACAGUUGAUUCAAAUUCGAUCAAAGAAGAAUCAGAAACAACAUCGGGAGCCUCUGUUGAGUUAGAUGGUAAUGAAACCACAAAAGCCCCUGCUGAAUGUUCAAAAGAAAAUAAUUCUGAUUUUUCUAAACCAGUUGUGUUACAAGAAGCUGAGAGCAAUUCUGUAGCAUCAAGUGACACUAUUUGUGAGAAAAUUAAUGAUACUAACUGUUUUGGUAAAAAAUCAAGCUAA